AUGGAUGACGCCCAAGAGUCAUCACACCACCCUCCUACGGUCGGAUUGAAAAAGGUGUUCUCGCGCUCAAAUCGGAACCAGACUGCCCCCCAAGGCCAAGAUAUGGAAAGUACUUCCAGUUCUGCUCGGAGCAACGGCCGUUCUUCGGUCGAUUCAACACCGGAAAAGCGCCUAGCAACUAGCGGUGAACUAGCAGUGGAAGACUCACCGAAUCGCUUGUCAAAACUGCUCGGUAAUCGGAAGAAGAAAAAGAGCAAAGCCACAGAAUCUGUCGUGUCUGCUGAUUCCCCGCUUGACCAUGACAAUAGUGUUCCAGUUCCCGCGCUGCCGUCAGAAGAACUUGGUAGCUCCGGGCCGUCUGCAAAUAAGUAUACUUUUGGGUCGAACCAGAGUGCCGUUAGCAUCAAUCUGUUAACAGACGACUCGGAACCGGAUCAAACGCCAGCUCUCGUAUCGCGCAGCUCUCAUACUGGGUAUUUGACUGCGUCUUCACCGCUGAUAAAAACCACAGCCGUGGAUAAUAAUAACGACUCCGCUUCGGCUAGUUCAGGAUCGCCUUCGCGGCGACAUAGCGUGUCCGAGAUAGAAGGGCCAGGGUUCCUUGGGGUAACCUCCACAGUAUCAGGCCCUGCUCCAGAUAAUGCAAAAAGGCCGGGCGUUUCUCCAUCAAGACGGUUGAAAGAUGCAUUCAAACCACAAGCUAAAAAGAGCCCAAGCGUUAGCCCAGAUAGGGAAUCAUCGUUGUCUGCAGAAAGUCAACGUAAAAGAUCGCAUAGCAUUUUCGGAGGCUCAAGUCGACGAAGCAGCCUCUCAGAAAGACGAGCUGGGAAGCGCUCACAAAGCCCACCACCUCCGCUACCAAAGCCCAUUAUUGUUGACUCGACCCCCCCACCUACAACUGAGUCGCCUGACAAUGCAAAUACUACGAGGACGCCUACGGGAGGGGAUCUCCAGAGGGUAGUCACAAAAGUCACUCCACCUACGCCCACCGAAACUGGUAAUGGAUCCUCCCCUAAUAUUACAGAAUCGCCGGAGUCCAUAAAAACCCAAAGUUCAGAAUUCCCUCCCGGUACAGUUGUGAGUCCGUCGGGACAUAUGAUAUCUCACCGUCGUGUCCGAUCAGCAGGUGCCACUUCUCAUCCUCCAAGCAAGUUGUCUCAAACAACAAUUUUGACGCCUACAAUCGAAGAGACUCGAGCUACGGGUUCUCGCACUCCUUCAGGAGUGCAGAAUGGCUUUUUUUCUUCGGUACUCUCUGUAGCUCAGAAUGCUGCUUCGACUAUAAGCAGUAGUUUAAGCGGUCCGAACAAAACCCGUAGUGUCACGUCACCGGCUGAUGGAGAUAAACCCCAAAUACUUCCUGCAGAUGAUGCAAGUGAUGGAACCGAGCAACCGAUGCAGUCAAGCAACGGAGAAUCCAAAGACGACAAGCAGAAAGAACUUGCUAUUGAUACCCUUGGAAGUGGAGAUUUGGAUUUCAGCCACCUCGAUGUCGAUUCCGCAGCAGGUGGCGUGGUAACGACGAAGGAUGGUGUUGUAAUCACUCAACCUGAUUUGUCUACAGACCCCCGCAGAUCAAAUGUCGCAGCUAAGAGGGACCAAAUGUCCGCGCGCAUUGAAGAUAUGCGAGUAGCACGGGCUGUAUCGAUGGCAUAUGAAAAGUCGACCGAUGCUGUAUCUACCCCAGCAACAGUCACUCCAGAAGAGACUGUUGAUGCUAAGGUAAUGACACCCUUGACUAAGGAGAUUAGUGGGGAACAAACCCCUCCAGGAGGGAGUAUAUUUGAUGGGGAAAAUGGGGGUAGUGUGAAACGCACUGGAAGUGUACGCAGCCGUCUAGCUCGCCGUCAUCGUGGCUCUUCAGGAGCAACUGGUUCAACUAUAGGGGCUAUGGGACUCAACGCAAUGUCGCUCGCCAUGCCGAAUGGUAACGCAAAUGCUCCACGCUUGACGGGCUUCGCUGUUGCAAGUAAAAAACGAAAUCGUGAAUACCAUCAGCUUUUCCGAAGCGUCCCAGAAGAUGACUUCUUGAUAGAGGACUACAGCUGUGCGUUACAACGCGAUAUUAUCCUCGCCGGGCGAAUUUACAUCUCCGAGGGCCAUAUAUGCUUCUCAAGCAAUAUCUUAGGCUUUGUCACGACCCUGGUUAUCAGUUUUGAUGAGAUUGUGGCCAUUGAAAAGGAAAAUACCGCCGUGGUAUUUCCCAAUGCGAUUGCAAUUCAGACCCUACACUCACGUCACACCUUCCGCAGCUUGCUUAGCCGCGAAGCAACUUACGAUUUGAUGGUUAACAUAUGGAAGAUGAAUCAUCCUGCUUUAAGAAGCUAUCUUAACGGUAUGCGUAUCGAUGAGGGUCUCGGUGACAAAACUGAGAAGGCAAAUGAGAGCGAUGUUGCUAGCGACAUCGUGGAUGAAGAUGAAAUCUACGACGAAGAUGAGGACAACGAAGGUGAUAGCUUAGAUGGUGGUGAGGAUAGUCUAGCUGGGAAUGGUUCGACCGACUUUGGUAAACAACUGAGUGCGGCUGCCAAUGGCUCAGGCUCAGUGACGGUCUCAACGACUACCCUUCCCAUAGCUGACACGAAACCAGUCGUUAGCAAUGGAUCUUCCGAAGGGGACGGAAGCGGGUUUCCGGGACCACCUACACAUUCCCCAACGGAUUACACCGACCCUUCUGGCCGUUAUGAAAAGGUUAUAAAGGAAGAUAUUAUCCCUGCGCCACUGGGUCAGGUUUACAGCAUGGUCUUCGGGCCUGCGUCUGGAGCUUUCAUGAGCAAGUUUUUGGUAGAGGAUCAGAAGUCCCUCGAGUUACAAUUUGAAGAUGACAAGAAGGGACUGAACAACGCAAACAAAACCCGCCAGUACUCAUAUAUCAAACCUUUAUACUCGUCCAUCGGACCCAAGCAAACAAAAUGCAUUAGCAACGAAACACUCGAUCUACUUGAUCUAGAAAAAGCUGUUCUUGUGACCCUCGCGACCCAAACACCUGACGUCCCCAGCGGAAAUGUUUUCGUGGUCAAAACUAAAUACCUAUUUACCUGGGCAGCAAACAAUCAGACUCGAUUUUUCAUGUCUUGCGCCAUUGAAUGGACAGGAAAGAGUUGGUUGAAGGGACCCAUUGAAAAAGGUGCUAUUGAUGGUCAAACUACUUUCGGAAAUGAUCUUAUUAAAGCUUUGAAAGCAGCAGUGCAGAGUCGUGCCGGUGGUGCCUCCAAAGGAGUCAAAGUGUCAAAAGGUCGUCGCAAGAAAGGGUCAGUCGGCGCGGGUGAAACCGUCACUGCCGCAGCUGCCGCAGCCAGUGCUGCUCUCGAUGCCAACAAAAGAGAACAUCAUAGCUGGGGCAUUUUCGAACCUCUCCACGGUCCAUUGCAACCAAUUGUUAGCCUUUUCAAACCCUUUUGGAGUGCACAUGUUGCCAUUGGAAUCAUUGCGUUUUUGUUGUUCACGAUAUACUCCAAAGGCCUUACUACACCAUCAACGCUAUCUCCUGAUAUAAACCAUCUGCGAUUAACGGAGCCACAACGACUGGCUGCUUAUGAAGAGAUGUGGCGUGCUGAAGAGAACGAACUCUGGAAAUGGCUGGAGGACCGCGUAGGGAUGGACGGAAUCAGCUUUCCAGUUAAUGGCCAGAGCCACGAGUCAAGAAUACGACCACGCAAACAUAGUCAAAAAUCCUACACUCAAUAUUUGGCUUCUAAGAUCGAUGACGAGCAAAUAUCGCAGCGGGAGAUGAAUUACGCUAUUCGAGUCGUUCGAGACCGGUUAGAAAAGCUCGAAAAGGUUGUUGGUGAGCCGAAGAGCGACCUUCAUACUACAGGAACCCCAGGCGGCAAGACGAAAGGGGGCCUUUCCUAA